CUUCUUGUCUUUGCAGCCCUUUCUGGAAUGUGUACUCCAGAUACUUUACUUUCUUCCCUAAAGCAGAAGUUUUAUUUAAAAUAAAGCUACUUCUUUGGCACUUCUGGGUAAUCCUUUUUUGAAGAACCACAGCAAUGAACGGUUUGGGAGCCCUCCUUCGAAGAAACCAGUCCAUCCUUCUGGUGCUCUUUCUUUUGCAAAUCCAGAGUCUGGGUCUGGACAUGGAUGGUCAUCCUACCACUGAAGUUUGUGCCACACACACAAUUGCACCAGGACCCAAAGGAGAUGAUGGUGAAAAGGGAGAUCCAGGAGAGGAGGGAAAACAUGGCAAAGUGGGACGCAUGGGGCCAAAAGGAAUUAAGGGGGAGCUGGGUGAUGCAGGAGACCAGGGCAACAUUGGCAAGACUGGGCCCAUUGGUAAGAAGGGUGACAAAGGGGAAAAGGGUUUGCCUGGGAUGCCAGGAGGAAAAGGCAAAGCAGGCACUGUCUGUGACUGUGGAAGGUACCGGAAAGUUGUCGGACAACUGGAUAUUAGUGUCGCUCGCCUCAAGACAUCUAUGAAGUUUGUCAAGAAUGUCAUAGCAGGGAUUAGGGAAACUGAGGAGAAAUUCUACUACAUCGUGCAGGAAGAGAAGAACUAUAGGGAAUCCUUGACCCACUGCCGGAUCCGGGGUGGCAUGCUGGCCAUGCCAAAGGACGAAGCUGCCAACACACUCAUCGCUGACUAUGUGGCCAAGAGUGGCUUUUUCCGGGUGUUCAUUGGGGUGAAUGACCUUGAGAAGGAGGGACAGUAUGUGUUCACAGACAACACUCCCCUGCAGAACUACAGCAACUGGAGAGAGGGGGAGCCCAGUGACCCCUACGGUCAUGAGGACUGUGUGGAAAUGCUGAGUUCAGGCAGAUGGAAUGACACAGAGUGCCAUCUUACCAUGUACUUUGUCUGUGAGUUUGUCAAGAAGAAAAAGUAACUCUGCUCAUGCUACCCAUUUGUUACUUCUCUGUGACUGUCAUUGCAGUUAUUUUUAUACAUCCUUUUCUUUCUAAUUACGCCAAAUUCAUUCUGACUCAAGACAAGUAGAAAACGCUGAGUUGGGGUUUGGAAUCCCCAUUGCCAUGGUCUUCUUUGAUGAUUUUGAACAUUUUCAUACACAGUAUAUGAUCGAGCCAAUAGCUCACCAAGUUACAUGGAUCCACAGAGAGAGUUUGAAUUACUAGUUGUGCAGGAUGUGGUUGUCUAUGUGUCAAAUGAAAUGUUCUCUUGGCAUUCGCUCUGCUGCCUCUCCCUAGACCCUAAAACCACUGUCUAUUUAGCCCUGUGGAUAAUUGGACAGUUGGUUGGUGAUGAUUAGGCUAACUUGUCCUUGUUCAAAGCCAGACAUAUGAGAAGGCCUUCUGUUAGGAAUGCAGAGAUAUUGUCUGUCUUUGAAGCCAAGAGCCUCUAUUCUUUGACUGGUCUCUCACCAUGGCUAUAGUCACACUUGAAAGGUCCUCCUGUUUGCACAGAUAUAAAAGGACUUCAACCCCAAACCUCUGUUUGAGAAACUUCUGGUCUGUGACCCAUUCCAGACCAUAUGGAAUCACACAGACAAAUUCCGUGCUUCUAAUUCAUUAUGGUUUUCAAUGAGGUCUACCAAGGAUUUGCCGUGGCCUCUUUCUAUAGGCCCACAACUGCAUCCCAGGGCUCUAAGUUUUAAUUCUGAUUUGUGGAAAGGGAAAGAUUAGAAAUUGAAAGAGAGAGAGAG